AUGAUGUCUCUUCCUGUCGUUCAGGGCAUGGGCAUGAUGACAGCCGUUUACGACAGAGCGACACCAAUGAUCAAGACCACCGUCUUCUUCCUUUCCCUGGAAUACGUUGCGCUCAUCAAUGGGAUCACGCACAAGUAUCGCAUUGUGCUCAAUGAUGGCUCACACUGGCUUCUCUACGCCACUUCGGAUGGGUCUAUUGGUACACCUCCCUUCGUAUUGGAGAACAGCGAGACCAUCACCGGCCCGCCCGACUUUGUCGGCAAGAUCCAAGUUACCAAGAAUCCAUCGGGCGCGGCAGUAGAGGGCAUAUUUGACAAUAGCGCUGGUGUAUACCCAGUCAAUGCCUCUAUCUCCGGGAACGUCAACGGAGCUUUUGGAAAUUACACAAUAAGUUGGGCCAAAGGCGGUGCAACAGAGCGACCGUUGUUGAUGUACGCGCUACCUCAUCACGUCGAGUCGUUCGAUCAACAAACUGCGGCCGCAUUGAAAGACAUCACACUGGUCACCACGACGAAGGGCUUUGCACGAGCUAUUGUUGCCGACAAGAUGACAAUGGUGGAGAACGAUCUGCCCGACAGUAUUGGUUUUGCCCCGUGGGCCAAGAACCCCAGCGCAGCUGGAGGCUCGGAGAACAUUAAUCUGAACGCCCAGGCCCUCGCGCUCAUCAACCAAGCGGGCAUAGCUGAGCUCAGCCAGAACAUGAUUCCGCAGACCUCACUGAACAGCAUGUACUAUUCCGGCAAGGGAUUGGCCAAGUUUGCUGCAAUCAUCUACACAAUGAACACCAUGACGGGCAACAGUCAAUACGCUUCCGCUGGGUUAGGUCGCCUUAAGGACGCUUUCAACGUUUUCGUCAAUAACACGCAGCCCGAGCCACUUGUUUACGAUCAGGUCUGGAAGGGUGUGGUGUCACGCGCCAGCUACUCCGGAGAUCUUGGUCUGGACUUUGGAAACACGCUAUACAAUGAUCAUCACUUCCACUACGGGUACUUCGUUUACACCGCUGCCGUCAUCGGCCAUCUCGACCCUACAUGGCUCGGCGAAGGUAGCAACAAAGCCUGGGUCAACAACCUAGUCCGCGACUUUGCAAACCCCGUAAGUGAUUCGGAAUUCCCCUUCCAGCGCUCCUUCGACUGGUUCCACGGUCACUCCUGGGCAAAGGGCCUCUACGAAUCCGGCGACGGCAAAGACCAGGAAUCCACCUCGGAAGACACUUUCGCCACCUACGCGCUCAAGAUGUGGGGCCGAAUCAUCCAAGACGCGAAUAUGGAGGCACGAGGAAAUCUACAACUCGCCGUCCAAGCGCGCAGUAUCAAGAACUACUUUCUCAUGGAAGCCGACAACAGGAACCAACCCGCUGGCUUUAUUAAGAACAAAGCCACCGGUAUCCUCUUCGAGAACAAAAUCGACCACACCACGUACUUUGGCGGAAACAUCGAAUACAUCGAGGGCAUCCACAUGAUCCCGCUCAAUCCCUCCUCCGCGUACACUCGUCGUAAGCAAUUCGUCCAAGAAGAAUGGGACACAUACUUCAGCAACGGCCGCGCAGAGCAAGUCCAAGGCGGAUGGAAGAGCAUCUUGAAAGCCAACCAAGCGCUCUUCGACCCACAAGCUUCAUACGACUUCUUCGCCAACCCCAAUUUCAACGAGCAGCUUGACGGCGGCGCGAGUCGCACGUGGUAUCUGGCGUACUCGGCGGCGCUGCUGGGUGCGGAUGAAGCUGGCGCGCAGCGCGAUUACCAGAUGGAUUACGUGGGGCCUGAGAACGAGGGACAGAAGGUUGAGGCGAGGGGAGGCCGUGAGGUGGCCAUUGAUGUGGAUGAGAAGUGGUAUGGCACGAGCUCUAGUGCGUGGAGUUCUGGGUUUAAUUGGCCUAAGCCUUCGAGCACUGGGUCGGCUUCUACGUCUUCUAGUCUUUCGCGUACUGCAUCGAUGACUACUUCGUCGAAAGCUUGGUCUUCGGGAUUCAACUGGCCUACUCCGACGGUCGUUGUGCCUACUCCCGGUUCGACGUCUAGCCAGCCGGAGAUGAAGACUAUGGUCGCUGGUGCUGGUAGGAGGGAUGCAAGGGGUGAGGGAGAGAGCUUGUGGGCGUUGGGUCUUUAG